AUGAGAGCUAUUGCUCAAAACAUAAUAGAAAGAGUAGGACGAGCAGGUAAUCAUGGAUUUGAAAAACGAGUACUUAGUACAAUAAUGUUGGAACACAGAAAAGUUUCCAUAGGGUUACCAUAUAAAAUUCAUCUACAAAGAGAAAUCAAUGAUGAUAAGAUAUUCUUUGGAGGGAAUGCUUCAGAUGCAAAAUUAGAAAUAUCGAAUCUCCAACUUUACAUACCCGUAAUAACACCAUCAAUUGAAGUAGAAACGAGAAUAUUCAACUCAUUAACUAAAGAUAUAGAAAUAGCAUUUCUUUGUCGCAAUACAAUAGGUAGCAUAAGUUUAACUGGAGAAUCCACUACAUGGCCAAUCACUAACACUAUUAAACCAGCAAGAUAUUUAAUGGUUGGCUUCAAGAACUUACCAGAUUCUCAAACGAAUAACAAUAAUAUUUUUAGAGCAGCAAUGAACCAAACUCAAGAUCCUAUAAUCCGUAAAGUUCAAGUAAGAUUAAACAACGAUAAUUAUCCUAACCAACCUUUAACAAAUAAUCCAACCACGAAGGAUUAUAAUGAAUUGUAUAGAAACUAUAAAAACAUGUGUGAAUUAUUUGGAAAUUCACCUCAGUUUGAAUAUCACCCAAUCUUCUGUUUUGAUCUAUCAGCUCAUCAAGAAGAUCUUUUCAAAACAGGGGUGAAUAUAAAUAUUUAUAUUGAAAAAUCACAAGGAAAUGUAACAGAAACUUUAGUAAAAAGAAUAAUAGAAGCUAUCGAAACGGAAUCACCAACUACAAUAACAUUCAAUGGCAAAAGGAUUAAAAUAUCUAAAAAAAUUAUUGAUAAAUAUAAACAUUGUAAAGUCCGUGAUGAUAUAGAUUUGGAAAGAAUUGACAAGAGUGUAAAGGAAGGUGGAUUUUUACCUUUCCUACCUUUAAUAUUUACUGGUCUGGCCGCAGCAGGUGCGACAGCUGGUGUGGCGGCAGGGAUAACACAAGCCAUCUACGCCAAGAAAGCAGCUGAUGCUGAAAAAAGUGAAAAACGUAGACAUAAUAUGGAAAUGGAAAAAAUAGCUCAAGGUUCGGAAGUAGCAGAUAUAUUAGGGACAGUUAAAGAAUUUGGAAAUCGAUUUAGUGAAGAAACCAAGAAAACAGUUAAAGAGGGAUUAAGUAAUCUAAUAGAUAAAAUCGACACAGGAGAAACGAAGGUCAAAUGUAAGGGUAAUGCUAUAUUUUUUAAAAACAAACAUUCUGGAGAGGGAAUCUUUCUUUCAAAGUAUAAAGGAGAAGGAGUGAUUUUUGGAACAAAAAUAUGGAAUAAAAAAUGGGAAAGAAAUUUAAUCAUUCAGAAAUAUUUCCUAGUAAUCCAAUGCUCAUGUUUAUAUGCGGUAGCUCAGGUUCUGGGAAAACUUAUCUGA